CCUUGUAUGCUUUUAAGACCAUGUAUACGCAGAUAUUUAUUAAAUAAAUUAAUCAUUUUUUUAUGUUAAGUCUUCCUUAUUAAGCUGCACGAAAGCUCUUUCAUCAGUCAGUGUAUGUUCUGCGUUGUGUGUGUAUGUGUGUGUGAUCAAAUAGAGUGGGCUAUGUGGGCGUUGAACGCACUGCUUCGACUGAAGAGCACUGCCUACAUCUCAGCACGGCUCUGCUCUCCAGUUAUGCUCAGUGCAGUACUAUCUCAUCAGGUAUGAGCUCCCAACACAAGACGAGCAAUAUUUGCCAAUAUUGAAUGAAUGGACACGGGGACUUGGAGAAAUGGAAAGUACUUCGGCUCCGAGAGCGUUUCAGCACCACUUUCACUGGACAGCGCAACAGCUUUUCUCACUUGGUAUCGAGCUUUGGGAGAUUUGCGUGUGAUUUUCCGUACGUGGGGAAUGGAGUUUGUCGUAUUGGGGGCCAUCGUACAUCAAGUGAUUAACGAGAUACCCAAAAAUCUGCAGUCGACUGUGUUCAGGUGAUCGUACUGGAGGUGUUUGGCAACAGCGGAGGCAGAUAGAAGAAGGAAGGCUCACAGGUGGGUGAAGCUUCGUGUUCGCAGCACAAGACCCCCAACCUCCUCCACUAGGAGACAGGCCGACUGGAAACCCAGAGGGAGCAAAGGACCAAAGACGUAUGGUUAACCUUUAAUCUCAUCAAAGGACUCUAGAGGAAGUUCCUUGACAGGAGAUAAAGCGGAUUGACGCAGAACUGCUGCCUAAAGAACCUGAUGAGCAUUCCAUUCAAUUACAAACCCAUCGCUACGUGACAUAACUAUGAACUUUAAAAGAUUGUGCCCUGCGAAAGGGUGCCUCCACUGACCCAUCAACUCAGUUGUGACACAUCUCACAUCCAAAAAUAGACACGCUUCGGUUGAAACCGGCUUGCUGCAAUGUCUUCAGCCAUGGGCAAAAUGGUUGGAUGGACCAACUGUCGCUGUCAAGGCUCAGCAUUGGUUUUUCUCUACCUCUUCCUGACUGCUUUGGCUGCGAGGCCCAAAGGUCCAGGCCACACGCAUCUAAACUCUAUCCGGAUUGAUGGGGACAUUUCAUUAGGGGGCCUGUUUCCGGUUCACGCCCGGGGUCACGAGGGCAAGCCCUGCGGUGAGCUAAAAAAGGAAAAGGGGAUUCACCGUCUGGAAGCUAUGCUCUUUGCUUUGGACCGCAUCAACAAUGACCAUGAACUGCUUCCAAAUAUCACGCUGGGCGCCCGCAUUCUGGACACAUGCUCGCGUGACACUCAUGCUCUGGAGCAGUCGCUCACGUUUGUCCAGGCGCUCAUCGAAAAGGAUGGCACGGAUGUGAAGUGCCAAGGUGGAGGAUCGCCCAUCAUUACCAAGCCAGAAAGGGUGGUGGGCGUCAUUGGAGCGUCGUCCAGUUCCGUGUCUAUAAUGGUGGCUAAUAUCCUCCGCCUGUUUAAGAUUCCCCAGGUGAGUUAUGCCUCCACGGCUCCUGAGCUGAGCGACAACACCCGUUAUGACUUCUUCUCCCGCGUGGUACCACCGGACACCUAUCAGGCACAGGCUAUGGUGGAUAUAGUCAGGGCCAUGCGCUGGAAUUACGUCUCCACGGUGGCGUCGGAGGGGAAUUACGGAGAGAGCGGCGUGGACGCGUUCAUCCAAAAAUCUCGGGAAGAGGGAAGUGUGUGUAUCUCACAGUCAGUGAAAAUCCCCCGUGAGCCGAAACCAGGGGAGUUUGAUAAGAUAAUUUCGAGACUGGGAGAAAAUCCGAAUGCGAGGGUUGUUAUUAUAUUUGCAAAUGAGGACGAUAUAAGGCGGCUACUGCAGGCGGCAAAAAAAGCCAAUCAGACGGGUCACUUCCUGUGGGUGGGGUCAGAUAGCUGGGGCUCCAAGAUAUCGCCAGUGCUUCACCAGGAGGAAAUGGCCGAGGGAGCUGUCACCAUCCUACCCAAACGACAGACCAUCAGAGGCUUUGAUCGCUACUUCACCAGCCGCACACUCGAGAACAACCGGAGGAAUAUCUGGUUUGCGGAGUUCUGGGAGAACAAUUUCAACUGCAAGCUCAGCCGCCAUGCCUUGAAGAAGGGAUCCGGCGUUAAGAAAUGCACAAAUCAAGAGAGGAUCGGAAAAGACUCGUCCUACGAGCAAGAGGGAAAAGUGAUGUUCGUGAUUGAUGCGGUGUACGCGAUGGCGCACGCCCUCCACAACAUGCACAAAGACCUGUGCCCUGGCAAGGUGGGACUGUGUUCCAAAAUGGACCCAGUUGAUGGAACCCUCCUGCUAAAGUACAUCCGCAAUGUCAAAAUAGCAGGCAUUGCCGGCAGUCCGGUGCAGUUCAAUGAGAAUGGAGAUGCACCAGGCCGUUAUGAUAUAUACCAGUACCAGAUAAAGAACAAAACAGCUGAAUACAAGACUAUCGGCCACUGGACUGACCAACUUUACCUAAAUAUGCGGGCGAUGCAGUGGCCAGGUGGAGGGAAGCAGGUGCCAAAUUCCAUCUGCAGUCAGCCCUGCAAACCCGGGUGGCGCAAGAAGAUCGUUAAGGGCAUUUCCUGCUGCUGGCACUGCGAGCGCUGUGAUGGGUACCAGUAUCAACAGGACCUCUACACCUGCAAGAUGUGCCGCUUUAAUUUAAGACCUAACAAGAAUCACACAGGCUGCCAGCCCAUCCCGAUCGUGAAGCUGGAGUGGAGCUCACCUUGGGCAGUCAUACCGGUCCUGAUCGCUAUUCUCGGCAUCAUAGCCACGCUUUUUGUGGUGGUCACCUUCAUCCGCUACAAUGACACGCCGAUCGUUAAGGCGUCCGGGCGUGAGCUCAGCUACGUUCUGCUUACGGGAAUCUUUUUGUGUUACGCCACCACCUUCCUGAUGAUCUCGACCCCAGAUGUAGGGAUCUGUUCGCUGAGGCGAAUUUUCCUGGGGCUCGGAAUGAGCAUCAGCUAUGCGGCGCUGCUCACCAAAACCAAUCGGAUUUAUCGGAUUUUCGAGCAGGGGAAAAUGACAGUGAGCGCGCCUCGCUUUAUCAGUCCUGCUUCGCAGUUGGUAAUCACCUUCAGCUUGAUUUCCAUUCAGCUCCUAGGGGUGUGCAUCUGGUUUGCCGUGGACCCUUCCCAAUCUCUCGUUGACUAUGAGGACCAGCGCACGACCGAUCCCGAGAUGGCGCGCGGAGUCCUAAAGUGCGACAUAUCGGACUUGUCGCUCAUCUGCCUCCUGGGAUACAGCAUGCUGCUGAUGGUGACGUGCACGGUGUACGCCAUCAAGACGCGAGGGGUCCCCGAGACCUUCAACGAGGCCAAGCCCAUCGGCUUCACCAUGUACACCACCUGUAUCAUCUGGCUCGCUUUCAUCCCCAUUUUCUUCGGGACGUCGCAGUCGACGGAAAAGAUGUACAUACAAACGACCACGCUGACCAUCUCGGUGAGUCUGAGCGCAUCUGUGUCUCUGGGGAUGCUCUACAUGCCGAAAGUCUAUGUGGUGCUCUUCCACCCGGAGCAGAAUGUGGCUAAACGCAGCACUCGCAGCCUGAAAGCUGUGGUCACUGCCGCCACCAUGUCUAACAAGUUCAACCCCAAGGCCAGCCUGCGGCCCAACGGAGAAGCCAAGUCGGAGCUGUGUGAGAACCUGGAAACUCAGGGACUCAGCCCUAAACAAACGUACAUCAGCUACAGCAACCACGCGAUCUAGGUAAGUGAUAAAAGGCCACUACCAAAUCCCAGAAGUGACCCCUGGAAGACAGCAUUUCAAGAUAAAUCACUCUUACGUUAUGUCACUUAUGGAAGUGAAAUAGCAGAUGGUUGGAAGACCCCCACAGACAUGUUUCCAUUAAUGAAGCUUAUGUGAAGUCACACAGGGAGCAUCUGGGGAGGCCGAGACUGUUGUUGAGACGGUGAUGUUGGAAUGACGGUCUGUCACCCAGACUAUUCCAUUACAGCUUGCUCUAUCUAUUCCAGAUGUCAUUGUUAAAGUGAUACACACUAAUUAAGGACAACAUGUCAGUGUCCGCUGUUUCAUUGACGCUAACACUAUGUGGUGGCUUUGAAAAAAAAAAAAAAGAUCAAAAAAAGAUCAAAAAUCAUUUGGAGCUUUUUCCUCUUGUUUUCUCCUUGGUGAUGACAACAGCAAAGACAGUGACCAUUGUUUACAGAUGUUGAGCAUGCUGGUUUUGACAUCCUGUGCUGUGUUGUUUUUUCUUUCUUUCUUUCUUUUCCUUUUUUCGAAAAAAAAAGAACCUUCUGGAAUGCUGUUGAACUAUGUUGCUGUAUUGUUACCUCACCAUGGGCCUUGUGAAACUGUUGAAGAUGUACGAAGUGCUCUUUGGAGUAAUGUUUGCUUGUGCAUAAGUACACACCUUUGAGGAACUCAAAUUUGCCCUGUUGUCAAAAUGUGCUAGAGCUGUCACAGUCACCUGUGCAAAUCCGAAAUCACAAUUUAGAAGUGGCGCGGCGUUCAACGAACGUCCGAGAUAUCAGAACCGGUGUCCACCGGACCGGGACAGCGCGAGUAAUUUACUUUCAUACAAAUACAGCUAUCAAAGACUCGUCUAUAGAAAUUGGAAGAAUCACCAAUCUCGAGAAAAAAACCACGGUUCUGAGAAGCUCGGAUGAUGGAGUAGAUGACAGGAUCCUGUAUUCGUAUCUGGAAAUGUCAGGUGAUAGAAAGAGACAAGCUGAUUUGUCUCAGAUUAGAUGUUUGUGAAUUUAAGAUUCAGUUCUUAUGAUUUCUCCUCUCUUCUUUGUUUUUGCACUGUUUGUGCUGCAGAAUAAAAUGUCUAUGUUGACCGUGAUAAAUGGCAACUUAAUGUGUGUUCCUGAUUGCUAAUGUUUGCUUUUCAUCCUAAAAGAGAAAAAAACGUCAGAAACAGUGCCUGAAUUAAAGUAUUUGUAAAAUAAGACAUAUGAGGUAUGUGAAGCAUGUUAAUUUUUAUACAUAAAUAAUUUCUAAUAAAGAAAUUUUUCAA